AAUGCACCUUCAUACACAUUUUAGCCACAAGAGGAAUUGACCGUAUGCAUAUGCAUGAAUGAGAGAUGAGUUUGAUUCCUAAUCCUAAUUCUAAAUCAUCUUCAUCUUCAUUUUGCAUAAAAUGGCCAUGGGAUUCUUUAAACCCUAACCCUAAAAUUUCCCAAACCCCUAACCCCUGCAAUUUCGAACCUCCAUGGUUAUUCAAGUCUCUCCAAAACCUUGGAUCAUUCGCUUUCAAUUUCGCUAACUCUAUUUCAAAUUCUUCAAUUUCUCAAACUCCUAAUUCAUCUAAACCAGAUCAGAAAUUGAAUUUGACAUGGAACAAGAAGGAAGAAAAAGCUUCCGGUGGUGCCAAGCAGGCGGAGGCGGAGCAGCGAGCGUUUGCUGCUGCUCUGGAAAGUGGGAAGGAAGCUACAUUGCUCGAAUUUUACUCGCCGAAAUGUAGGCUCUGUAAUUCUUUGCUUGGUUUUGUUUUGGAGAUGGAGACGCGGAACGCGCAAUGGCUUAAUGUUGUUAUGGCUGAUGCUGAGAAUCAGAAGUGGUUACCAGAGCUCCUUAAUUAUGAUGUUAGUUAUGUCCCCUGCUUUGUGCUUAUUGACAACAAAGGAAGGGCCCUGGCUAAGUCGGGUGUCCCACAUAGUCGUCUACAUGUUAUAGCUGGACUCUCGCAUCUUCUCAAAAUGAAGCGUCCUCAACAAAGUUAAUGGAUGGUGGGCAUGAAAACCAACAUUUGUUUGCGGUACUGUUCUAUGAUCUUAAGUUGCACUUCUUUAUAUAUAUGGUGUUGAGUCUGUUUUAAUUGAGAUGGGACUUCUUCUGCUUGUUGGAAUUUGUCCCAUAUGUAAGGUUUGCUUCGAGUAAGAAACAUAUUGUAUGACUGUCCUUGCAAUCGUCCCUUCUUUAGAUUCAACGUGUGGUUGAAUCAUAUGUUCAUAUUUUUUAUAUAAACUGUUGAUCAUUCCUUUUCCUCCUUGCCUUCUUUCUCAUUUCUUUUAAUUGUAAUCCCUGUUUAUUUCUAUUGUUACUUUCUGUUCUA